AUGUUGCGCGGGGUAAGGCCUGGCCGCCGCACGUGCGUGGAGCUGGAGCGGAUAAUCGUCGAGAGUCACCGCUCUGGGAGCCUCGGCCGAGAGGACGCGCUCGACCUGUUCGAUGAAUUGCUUCCUCAGGCCAGGCCCGCCUCGGUGCACGCCUUCAACCGUGUCCUCACCGUCGUCGCUCGCGCGGACUCCUCGUCGCCACUGCGUCACAGCGCUGCGCUCGCCGUGUCUCUUUUCAAUACCAUGGCCCGGGCUGGCGUCAAUAAGGUGGCCGCCAACAUUUGCACCUUUGGCAUCCUCAUCCGUUGCUUCUCUACUGUCGGCCGCGUGGACCUCGCCUUUGCUGCCUUUGGCCAGGUCAUCAAGAUGGGAUGGAGGGAGCAGGUCAUGGCCCUCAACCAGCUAAUCAAGGGUCUCUGUGAUGGCAAGAUGACGAGCGACGUAAUGGAUAUAGUGUUCAGACGAAUGCCGAAGCUUGGCUGCACACCUGAUGUUUUCUCCUAUAACAUUCUCAUCAAGGGGCUCUGCGCCGGGAAGAAGAGUCAAGAGGCUCUUGAGCUGCUUCUUCACAUGACGGCCGAUGGCGGAUACAAUUGCCCUCCCAAUGUGGUGUCAUAUAACACGGUCAUCAAUGGCUUAUUUAAAGAAGGUGAGGUCGACAAAGCUUACAUCCUGUUUCAUGAAAUGCUGGGUCGGGGGUUUGCACCUGAUCUUGUGACAUAUAGCUCAAUCAUUGAUGGCCUAUGCAAGGCUCAAGCAAUGGACAAGGCUGAAGCAGUCCUACAACAGAUGUUUGAUAAAGGUGUUAUGCCAGAUAUUUGGUCAUAUAAUAGUUUGAUCCAUGGGUAUUGCUCUUUAGGACAGUUGGAAGAGGCAGUGAGACUGCUCAAAAACAUGUCUGGAGGUGGUCUUCAACCGAAUGUUGUCACUUAUAAUCUGCUGAUAGACUAUUAUUGCAAGAUUGGAAGAUGCACAGAAGCUAGGAAUAUCUUUGAUUCAAUGGUCCGGAGGGGUCAAAAACCCAAUGUUACCACCUACUGCAAUAUGCUUCAUGGGAACGCCACAAAAGGAGCUCUUGCUGAUAUGCAUGAUCUCCUUGAUUUGAUGAUUCGAGACGGAAUUCUCUUUGAACAUCGUGUCUUCAACAUCCUGAUACGUGCAUACGCUAAACAUGAAACGGUGGAUAAGGCGAUGGCUGCAUUUAUAGAUAUGCGACAGAAAGGUUUGAGGCCAGAUGUAGUCAACUACAACACGGUAAUUGACAUUCUUUGCAAGACAGGCAGAGUGGAGGAUGCCGUGUGCCAUUUCAAUCAGAUGGUAAGUGAAGGGCUGUCUCCUGAUAUCAUAAGUUUUAACUCACUAAUACAAGGUCUCUGUACCGUUGGUGAAUGGAAGAAGGUUGAGGAACUUGCUUUUGAAAUGAUCAAUAGGGGCAUCCAUCCCGAUGCCAGAUUCAUGAACACAAUAAUGGAUACCCUAUGCAAGGAAGGAAGGGUUGUGGAAGCACAGGAUUUCUUUGAUCUAGUUAUACGCACUGGUGUGAAACCAGAUGUUGUUUCAUAUAAUAUACUGAUAGAUGGAUAUUGCUUAGAUGGGAAGAUGGAUGAAUCGGUUAAGCUACUUGAUCGUAUGGUCUCCAUUGGCUUGCGACCUGACAUUGUGACCUAUAGUGCUUUGUUUAAUGGCUACUGUAAGAAUGGAAGGGUUGAUGAUGCACUAGCACUUUACAGAGAAAUGUUUAGCAAGGAUGUUAAACCUGAUGCUAUUACAUAUAACAUAAUGUUGCACGGGCUAUUUCAGGCUCGGAGGAUUGUUGCUGCAAGGGAAUUCUACAUGAAAAUGGUUGACAGCGGAACACAGUUGGGAAUCAACACAUACAACAUAGUUCUUGGAGGACUCUGUGAAAAUAGUUGUGUUGAUGAAGCGUUGAGAAUUUUUGACGGCUUGCGUUCAAAAGAAUUUCAGAUUGAGGUUUGGACUUUCAAUAUAAUGAUUAAUGCCUUGCUGAAAGUUGAUAGGAUUGAUGAAGCUAAGGGCCUGUUUUCGGCUAUCGUGCUCAGUGGUCCUGUGCCUGAUGUAAUAACCUACAACUUAAUGAUCGAAAGUCAUAUAAAAGAAGGUUUGUUAGAAGAGUCUGAUGAGCUUUUUCUAUCUAUGGAGAAGAAUGGCUGUGCUGCCGACUCACGUGUGCUAAAUGCCAUAGUUAGAAGACUACUUGAAAAAGGAGAUGUGAGAAGGGCUGGAACCUACCUUACCAAAAUUGAUGAGAAGAACUUCUCCCUUGAAGCUUCAACCGCUGCAUUGCUGAUUUCUAUUGUUUCAGAGAGGAAGUAUCAGAAAGAAGUGAAGUUUCUUCCUAAAAAAUACCAAUCUUUCAUGGGACAUAGGGAUGAUUGA